AUGCAUGGGAAACGCCUGGGUGAAUUUUUCUUUUUGACCGGAACACUGUGCUCCUGGUAUGGUUUGAUGUCGGUAUAUGUUUCAAGAAAGCUCUCCUAUGAACAAGAUAGACUACCAGCCAUCUCCGCAUUGGCGAAGUCUGUAUGCGACCAUUUUUCCGACCAGAAGUACUUGGCUGGCUUGUGGGCUUCCGAUCUUCACAGAGGCCUUUUCUGGGCUCAAAAUUCAUGGAUGGAGUUUGAGGAUUACUACAAGCCUCAGCCUCAUGGCUAUGUUGCUCCAUCUUGGAGCUGGGCACGUCGUCCAACGCCGUUUAUCUGGAUAUGCGGGGUCAACCAGCACAAAGCCCACUUCCGGCUGGAAUUCACACUCCAUGGUGCCGACAUUUCUCACGAUCCACUCAACCCAUAUGGUCAAGUUUCCGAAGGAAGAAUUUUUGUUUCUGCCAAGGUUUUCAAAUUACCCGUCGACAAAACGGGAAAGGCCAGAGUCAACAAAGCAGGAGAGGCGAGAGUUUUGGCCUUCAUACUUGUUUUCAACUACAAUUUGUGGUCGGAGAAUGGCGAAUACAUAGCGCAUUUAUUCUUGGACUGGGACUCUUACUCUGCUCUUCAUGAUGAUAGUGACUAUCCUCGAGGACCUAUCGAUCAAUUGUCAAUGGUGCUUAUUACUAGUACUUCUCCCAAUAAUCCGACCAUGUUUCGGGGCCGCGACACUACUGAUCCGAAAAUAGUGCUAGGCAUCCUUGUUCGACCUGUUGCCGGAACUGAAGGUGAUUACGAAAGGCUGGGUUUGUGGUAUUCUGAGAACAAAGGGCUUGGCGGCAAGAAAUUCUGGCAGGAUAUUCCACUGCAAGACUUAACACUUGUUUAG